GCAAACAACCAAUUCCACGAUUAACGCAGAGGACGUGACUGUCAAUAAUCGCUGGAUGUCAUUAUGAACAAGCUUUUUCUUGCAGUCACGAGGCUGCGGUCAGCUGUUGAACUUCUCGCCACUGCCAGUCCAGCGUUCCAGUCGAAAGGCCUUUUAAACAGGUUUUGGCGAUGGCUACUGCUGACGACAACAAGGUCACUGCUCGGGUCUACCAGGACAUUAACUGGCCUGUCGUGCUCUAUUACAUCCACCUACACAUAGGGGCUGCGUUUGGAAUUUACUAUGUCUUUACAGAAGCCAAAGUCAUGACAUCGGUUUUUGCUCUGUUCAUCGGGUUGCUGUCGGUCCUAGGAGCAACAGCUGGUGCGCACAGACUAUGGGCACAUCGCUCUUAUACGGCCAGCAUGUCUCUUAAGGUGCUGCUGAUGAUCUGCCAGACCAUGCUAGGUCAGUGCAGCAUAUACGACUGGGUUCUGGACCACCGUUUCCACCACAAACACUUUGGCACAGAUCUUGAUCCAUACAACAAUAAAAAUGGGCUGCUGAAUGCACAUGUAAUUUCCCAUUUGAAGAAAUGGAAUCCUGACGUUCAGCGCCUUGCUGCUAUCGACAUGUCUGACAUUGAAGCGGACUCUGUUGUUAUGUUCCAAAAGAGGUACUACUGGGUACUGAUGCCAAUUAUAUGUAUCCUGCUGCCUUGGAAUGCUCCAGUAGAAUACUGGAAUGAAAGUAUCCUGACUUCUCUGCUUGUACUGAUCUUCCUGCGAUGCACUGUUGCUUUGCAGUGUGCUAUGCUUAUCAACACUGCAGUGCAUGUCUGGGGUAUUGUUCCUGGAGACAAGUCAUAUGCCAACAGCAAUCUCGUAUUCUUCUUGACAAAGACCUACUGGCCACAGUACCAUUAUAUGCUUCCCUGGGACUAUCAAACAGGAGAGUUUGGCAACUAUGGAAAGGGCUGUACGUCCACAUUCAUCCGUAUCUGGGCAGCAAUUGGUUGGGCCACAGGACUGCGCACUAUGGAUACGUCAUCUAUAAGAAAUGCCCUUGUGACAGCAAUACAAACAAAGAAACCUGUGAUUGAUUGUCUUUGUGAUGCAGAAAAUUUUUCCAAACAGUACAAUGAAAGAGAGAAAUUCUUGAAACCAUCUCAGAGUUUGUAGGAAAAAUAAUUGAAAUAUAAGUUUUAAUUCAGAACACUAGCAUUCCUCACAUUUAAUAUAUACUUCAGCAUUUUAUGUUUCUAGAAUGAAAUGUGCAAGUCUUGAACACUUGAGUGAUGUGAUAAUAUAAGUUAGGAAAGGAUCUAGAAUUAAAGUGAAUAACUACCUCCCCAAUUUAAAGAGUCUUAACCCAUAUUCCCAUUAUUAGCUGGAAGAACUGUAUCAUCAAAGUAACGCACUAAAAACUGAAUGGCGGGCAAGGGUAGGGUCUUUUCUCUUAGUCUCCACUUCCAGACUGGCUGUGGGAUGCACCCAGCCUCCAAUCAACAGCAGGCUAAGCAGCUGGACAAUAAAGCUCACCAGUCACCCCUGUCUAGAACCAAGGUUUAGAAUGUUUGGUGCUUGGAAUCUCUUGUAUUAAAUGAACUUUAAAAAUCAUGGAUUGCAUCAUGUGACCACUUAAUUGAAAGUUAUUCAAAAAAUAAAUAUACAACUGUGAAAUUGUGUGUGAAACUUCGUUUUAAUUACAAGAAAUCUGCAUUUCUGUUAAAUUACUUGGUCCAAUGUUUUACCAUUCUCACAGAAUGAUAAUGAUUACUGCUGAAAUAAAAUCCUGAACUCCA